GUCUAGUAAUAAAUUUGUUUAUGCCAAAAAAUAAAGUACCGUGAAAACAAACCUAUGAAUAGGUUAAGGAAAUUAAAGUUAUCGUGUUUAGUGUGUUUAGUGUAAAUCAAACUGGAGAUGGAAAAUAGUGGUGAAAGUGGCGACGAUGGAGGACCUUUAGGUCCAUCUGCGUUCCUCGGUGGUGGUGGUGUUUCUGCGUCGUAUAUUAGUGUACAAUCUGAUGAUAUGGAAGAUGAUCCUGAAAAUACGGAUGAUUCAAAUCAUGGAGCUAGUGAUCCCUUACAAGGAGCUGGAGGUGGCAGUGGUGGAGGACCUCUUCGUGAACAAGAUCGGUUUCUUCCAAUAGCAAAUGUUGCCAAAAUUAUGAAAAGAGCAAUACCAGAAGCAGGGAAAAUAGCGAAAGAUGCACGUGAAUGUGUUCAAGAAUGUGUAUCUGAAUUUAUAUCCUUUAUAACGUCUGAAGCGAGCGAUCGGUGUCACAUGGAAAAACGCAAGACUAUUAAUGGUGAAGAUAUUCUGUUUGCUAUGACGACUCUUGGUUUCGAUAAUUACGUAGAACCACUAAAAGUGUACCUACAAAAAUACCGUGAAGCGACAAAGGGAGACAAUCCUCCAGGUAGUGGUAUGACAACGGGCAAUGGAAAAACUGAAUCACAAGGAACUAUAUAUGAAGAUCAAUUGUUUGCUAUUGCCGCGACUGCAUCGAGUGCUACCACUUCUGAUACACCUGUUAUAUACAGUUACACGUCUACCGAUCAAAUGCAAUUUCAACUUUCCUGAUCACUGCAUGUUAAGAUGAUGUUAAUAUAAAUUAUUUAAUGCAAACUGCAAUUUACAAAAUGACUAUUUCAACCAUGCGCGUAUCUUUCAGGAUUGCGUUUUGUGAAAGACUGUAAAGUCGGUUUAAGAUGGUAAGCUGAUCUUAUAUUGUAAGACUAGAAUAAUGUGUACGUUCUUAAAAAUUUUGGAAGUAAGGUGAUUUAACUUUAAGUAAACUUUGUAAAGAGAAUGAAAAAAUGAAUGAAAAUGAAAAAAACGCGGAAGGAAAUAAAACCAGGAGGAAGUUCACAAAAACUCACUAAUGAUUACUCUUUUUUUGUUUACUUUUUCAAACACAGUAGGGGUAGAAAAACAUAGCCGAUUAUUUAUUUAACUAUUAUUUUUAAGCGCUAAAAUUCGCAUUUAAACUAGAAUUAGGCUGUGAUGGUUGUUUUUCUUUUGUUUUUGCGAGUACGGUUCAGGUCGAAUGGAGAUAACAUAAUUCUAUAUUGGACAAGAACCGGCAGUUAAUCGGCGUGUAGAUUUCUCGUAGAAAACGUUCGUAAUUGUGUUUUCACUCUGGUAAUUGGGCAGGAGAGAGCAAGAGCUCAUGUGCUUUUGUUGAUGAUGAUGCAGCGCCACUCGAAGACAUGGCCGAUUGCUGUUGUUGAUGCGCUGGUGACAAAAGUGAGGCGGUAGGCAAUGUUCCAGCGGGUUGAGCUUCCGUUUUCCUCACUUUUUCUUUCUUGUCAGAAGCAACAUGGCAAAACCGCCAGCGGCAUUGACCGCAACUACAUAGACAGAGGCAGAGCAGCACCCGAAAUAGGCAACACAGUAAACCGGCGCACAGUAGUGAAGGACCCACCAGCCUCAAUUCCGGACUGAGGAAUCCUUUCUCUCCAGUGCCGACAAACGAUAUAACUAAUCCGAGCGCUGUAGUUCCCAGCCCAGCAUAAAGUACGGUAUUCACUGCCGCACUAACUUCACCUCUGCGACGGUUUGCAUUACUGCUUCCAUCUUCUUCGUCAUCUUCUCCACUGCUUCCAUAGCAAUAACUUGCGUCUCUUAUCUAAAGAUAAGAAUAUAGUAUAGAACAAUUGUUGUUUGAUGUAAUAAGUACUAAAUAGUAUGUGAAGCUCCUAAUACAUGUAAUCACAUGUAUAUGUGAUGUUGAUAAAUUGAUUGUUUUGUGUAAUGUAAUUUAAAAACUUUCUUUUUAAAUUGUAACAAAUGUUUCUUUACUCUGUUUCUUUUCAUCCAUCGUCGAUGAGCCUCGCAUUGCUUUGUCUUGUAGCCAUCCCCACGGCAACCAUGAGGCGACAUAGGAGAUAAAGGAAGGGGAGAAGGUCUGUUGCAUCCCUGCCAUGCUGCUUUGCCUGGUCCUCCACCACACUGAAAUUAUUUUUUGUUCAAAUAUUACCUUUAAAUAGUUGCUUAGUAACUACAAUAGAAAUCAUUCAACAUUUCAGUGUCUAUUCAAUUUGGAUAUAACAAAAUUGUGAAUAAUCUAAUAUAUCAAAUACUUUUUCUUUAAUCUAUCAUAAAUAUUAUUUAUAGUAUUGUACAAAAUAUAAAUGUAUAUAUAAAUAUAAAACUUAAGAUCAA